UCACGCCUCUCCAUUCCCUCUUGGCAGCCUGGAAGGGGUUUCCGAUGGACUGUCAAGGCCUGACUUCUAGUCCCUUCCCCUCUCUUGGCCUGUUUCCCUGGGAACUGAGGGGAAAGCGGGCAGAGAUCCCCAGAGUCCCUUCUGGGCAGAUGUUCCCCGCUGGGUGAAGCUUCCCCCUGUCAUCUCUGAGUUCAAGAGUUGAUUGACCUUGCUUUUAUGGUUGUUUCCUGUUUUUGUCCUCCUGCUUCCUCUCCUGCUCUGUCAUCAGGUGACAGAUUUAGAAGCAUGGGGCUGCCUUCUUGUCCGUGGGCCCACGUGGGUAAGGCCUGAGCCAUCGGAGCUGCGCUCCGAGAGGAUGCAGAGAGAAAGGGAUGGUCCCCUUCCUCUUGGAAUUGCAUCUGGGGUUCCUGAUGAAUCUCUUUUAUAACUUUCUUACUUUAAGUCUUUUUUUUAAUUUUUAUUUAUUCAUGUGACAGAGAGAUAGCCAGCGAGAGAGGGAACACAAGCAGGGGAAGUGGGAGAGGAAGAAGCAGGCUCCCAGCGGAGGAGCCCGAUGUGGGACUCGAUCCCGGAACUCUGGGAUCACGCCCUGAGCCGAAGGCAGAGGCUUAACGACUGCGCUACCCAGGCACCCCUCUUACUUUAAGUCUUAUACAGGUUUUGCUAUUUAUUCCUCUUUUACUGCUGCUAUAAAUGGUGUGCUUUUAAAAUUAUAUUAUUGUAUGUUACUGAUAGACAUAAAAACAACUUAUUUUUGGAUAUUGAUCUGCUAGCUAGUUGCCUUGCUAAAAUCCCUUGUUAUUUUGAAUCAACUUGUCUGAUCAUUCUUUUGGAUUUUCUAACCAGGCAGUCAUAUCAUAUGAAAAUACUGAUAGUCUGUCUAGGACCUUUGGAGCAAUGUUAAAAAUAGCAAAGAGAGUGGGCAGCCUCAUCUGGUUCCUGCUUUUAUAGGAAAUGCUCCCAAGAUUUACUCAUUAAAUAUAAUAUAUGCAUAAGAUUUUUGUUAAGUUCUCUUUACCAGUUUAAAGAAGUUUCCUUCUAGGGGCGCCUGGCGGGCUCAGUCGGUGGAGCAUGUGACUCUUGAUCUCAGGGUUGUGAGUUCAAGCCCCACGUUGGGUAUAGAGAUUAUUUAAAAAUGAAAUCUUAAAAGUUUUCCUUCCAAUCUGCUAAGAUCUUUUUCAUGAAAGGAUAUUGAAUGUUGUCCUUUUUUUUUUUUUCUGGAUGAUCCUAUGUUUUUCUUCUUAAAUCUGUUAAUGUAAGUUUUUAGUUUGAGCUCCUUUAAAGGCAGAACCUGGAACAAGGACUUGAGUUCAGGUAGGUUAUUUAAGAGGUGAUCCCAGAAAGCAGGGAGUCAAGGAGCAGGGGGACUGCUCAGGGAAGGAAGAAAAGCCAAUUAAAGGUGUUUGACUGAUGUCAUGACAGCAGGCAAAGGGAGCCUAACUCUCUGGGACCUCGGGGAAUCCUUCUAGAUGCCUCCCACGGUUGCCAAAGGAGAAGAAAGAGGCUGGAGCUCCUAUCCACCAGCUCUGUCCUUCACUGGUUGAGGGCUACAUCUUAGGGAACUUCUCUCCCACUUUUAGAAACCACUUAGCAGGCUAAUAAGUGGCUCCUCGAGCGCUAAAGAAGACUCUGAGGCAAGAAGCAAAAAGAAACAUGGUAUAAACUUGAGGUGGGACACUGCAGGGUAAGGAGGCCCUCCGCUGUUCCCAGUGAGCCUGUGGAUGCCACUCGAGAUGUCCCCUUUUGGUUGUUGGGGCCUGCCCACCGCCCUUCUUGCCCUGUUCUGCUGCCCAGGGUCUGGAGAGGGGUUCGAGGUACGCAUGUAUCCAGAGCAGCUGCUGGUGGAGCCCGGAGGGUCCAAGUUUAUCAAUUGUAGCACCAGCUGUGCCCAGCCUGAGGCCGGCGGCCUGGAGACAGCCCUCACCAAGAGCCUGCUGCAGUCCGGACCUCAGUGGAACCAGUACGUGGUCUCCAACAUCUCCCAGGACACAGUCAUCUACUGCUACUUCACCUGCUCCGGGCGUCAGAAGCUGAAGAGUCUCAAUGUCAGCGUGUUCUACCCUCCAGAGCAGGUGCUGCUGAAACUACAGCCCGCGUGGGUGGCUGCGGGGGGGUCCUUCACAGCCGAGUGCCACGUGCCGGCUGUGAGACCCCUUGAGAGCCUCACUCUUACCCUGCUCCACGGCAAGGAGGCUCUGUGCAACAAGACCUUUACGGGGGAGAAAAAUGGCACCCGAGGGGCCACGGUCACGCACAACAGCACGGCUCACAGGGAAGACAGCCGCCACAACUUCUCGUGCCACGCCCACCUGGAUCUGCGGUCUCGCGGCGGCAGCAUCCUUCGCAGUGUCUCCGAGCCCCAGAUGCUCAAGGUCUACGGCCUUCAGAGAGCCUUGGACAACAAAAGCAGUCCUCCCCUCACCCCUGCUCCGUCAUUAGGCCACCAAGACCCCACAGCACUGCCAUCCCAGACAGGGGUGAGUGGAGGAGGUAGAGGGAGGGCUCUGGUUCCCAGACCCCCAGACCCCCCACCGGCGGUGGCUUCCCAGCCCUGGAUGAUGCUAAGAGGGGCCUUUACUCCAGGGCAAAUGUCAGGCCAGUUCAAGGUCUCCGUGUGGUGAAGAGGGUUUUGAUUCACCCAGGAGAGGGCCUGGCUGUGGUUGGGCAGGGAGGGCUGCCAGGCAUGAGUGCAGAGUCCCAGGCACUAGAGGGGCCCUUGGGGGCUCCAGGGCUCUUUCCAACUCUGUGGUAAAGCUGCCAGGGUCCCAGGGCUGGUGUCUGUCCUCAUGGUAGGCUCUCGGCAUCAUAGUAGUCUGGGGAGAGACAGCACCCUUAUCUUGGCUCCCUGCUGCCUCACUGGACCCCAAGGAGAAAAAGGGAAGGGGACAGGCCUGUUGCCUGCAGCAGUGAUGAUAGGCACUCCCCCGCCCCCCAACAUGGCCCUCCUGGCCUCCUGACCCAUCCCCCGCCUGGGCCCCACUGCCCACCCACCCUGCCCGUACCUGAAGCGGGGGGUACAUCCGCACCCACAGUGCCUGUGGCACUGGGGGGUGGGGGUGGGGGCACAGUUACGCUUCUCCUAACAUGGAGAAAGGAAAAGAAAGACCACACCCCAUCAGAGUGGUCUCUGGGGUCUCACCCAGAAGUAUCUCCACCCCACUCCCAGCUCCUGGUGAGCUCUUCCAGCCCAGCCCCAGGGCAGGGCCCUGGCAAUGCCCGGAUCCUCCAGCCUCACUUACCCCCCCCUUUUCUCAGAGGCAGGAGGGCAGUGCUGAAUCCUGGCUGUGUUCUGCAAGUGCGGCUGAUGUGGGGGGACGGAAAGGAAAGGGACUGGCCAGGGGAGCGAGGGGCCCAGCAUGGGCAUCGGGCAGGGCAGGUAGUGGUGGUGAAACACCAAAGGCCCUUCCUCCUGGGCUUGCAUCUCCUCCUCCUCUCCCACCUCCUCUUCCUCCUCCUCCUCCUGUUGACCCUCCAGGUAGACCUGGGGAUUGUGGGAAAGG